ACAGUCAUUACAGAAAGCCUAAAACACGUAGCACAAUUUAAACUGUCUCGAAAUAUUACUCUAGAUAAAGCCACAGCAUUACAAUCAGUAAAUGAAACCAUCUUGGCAACUCCUCCUUCUAAUAUUUCUCUAAACGAUAUUAAGCAAAGUCUGCUUUUACAAUUAGACCCACAAUACUUCAACAUUUGA